AUGUUUGAAUAUUGUUAUGUCUGCUAUACCGAUCAUCCGAAAUUAGACUUUUGCGAUCUUUCAUGCGGCUGCCGAUUUUGUCGGGAAGUGAUAAGGUCUUGAAUUUUUACUCAGCUCAAUAAAUAUUUUGUGGAAGAUUUUUUUAUAAUUUGUCCCAAAGGUGACCGCGGACAUUAUUUGAACGAAGAAGAUAUCAGAAAAUGUCUAACUCCUGAAGAAUUUUCAAGCUACCAAUUUAUUUUAUUAAAACGAAGCUUAUCGCAUGACGAAGAUUAUAGGUACUGCCCAUCAAGAAAUUGCAAUUACAUAGGCUGGAUUGACUCUACGAGCACUUGCACAAGCUUACUUGAGUGCCCGAUGUGUUUGAUAAAAUGAAAAGAUCCGACUCUAAACCCUCUUUCUAAGCGAUUAUAUAGCAAUAUCCAAGCUGUAUUUACAGGAAAUAUUGAAAUUUUUAGCUUGCUAUGAAAAGAACUGUGGACAAAAUUGUGCCCGAUGUGCAGCUUUCCAAUAGAAAAAAAUGGAGGAUGCCCACAUAUGGUAUGUCAGAACUGCAACCAUGAAUUUUGCUGGAACUGCUUGAGCGACUAUAAUAAUCAUAAUUUCAGCAGUUGUGAGUUCAGAUUUGCUUAUAGCAGUAUAUAUUUUGCAUGGGUUAUAAUAUUACUGAUUUUGAAAAUAUUUUAUUCUUCACCUUUUAUCUGUGAAUUUGCUUUAUUUUCAGUAAAACAUAUAAUCAUCCUGACAAUUUCAUCUGCUAUGUUGCUUCUUUCGAUAGGAACUUGCUUGCUCCCUUCCAUGAAUGAACAAAAUUUAUUUGUUCGCUCCAGAGGGCUAAUUUUUAUAAUAAUUUUUUUUUUCGAAAUUUAUAUGUUUUAAAAUGCAAGUUGUUUAGAAUACAUAGUUAGUUAUAAUUUCUUUAUAUUAAUUAUCAGUUAUAUAUCAAAAUAUUUUUCUAUUAAAAAAUUUUUUGUUCGCUUGAGUUUUUAUUAAAAAAUAGGAUUUUUCCAAUGGCUUUGGGAAUUAGGUGCUUAUUACUUAUCACUUGCUAAAUGGAACAGAUCGUGAUCAUCAUUGCUUAUGUUUGCAAGCGUUCUUGCUGCUGAUUAUUUUCUUAUCAGUUCAAUAGAAUCUAAAACUCACGAGGAGUUUCUGGAAAUUGUGUGGCUUACAAUAGACCUUGGUUUCACAUUUCUCUGCUGCUGGGGAGGCUGCUUUCUUCUUUAUUAUAGAAGACCCGCCUUAAAAAUGUAA